AUGAUUAAUAUCGAUAAAUCAUCCAUAUCUUUUGAAAACAAAGUCAGUGGUCCGGUUAAAAAGGAAGCUCAGAGCAUUUUGGGUAUUUUAAAGGAAGGUGGAGCUGGGAAGUAUCUGGAUCUUCCUGAAUGCUUUAGUGGUUCCAAAGUGGAGAUGCUUAAUUAUUUGAAAGAUAGGAUGAAAGGUAAACUAUCGGGAUGGUUUGAUAGAACCUUAUCUCAAGGAGGUAAAGAAGUUUUGCUUAAAUCUGUUGCUAUGGCGAUGCCCAUAUUUGCUAUGUCGUGUUUUAAGUUACCUGUCACGACGUGUUCUGCUCUUUCCAGUGCUUUGGCGGAUUACUGGUGGAGUUCUUGUGAGCAUUCUAGGAAGAUUCAUUGGCAAAGUUGGGAAAAGCUUUGUCUUCCAAAACAUCUUGGAGGUAUGGGUUUUAGAGACAUUGGUCUUUUUAAUCAGGCUCUACUUGCUAAACAGGCGUGGAGGAUUUUACAAGUCCCAAAUUCUUUGCUAGCAAGACUUUUAAAGAGUAGAUAUUUCCCGGUGAAUGAUUUUCUAAAUGCUGGUCUUGGAAAUAGACCCUCGUAUGGGUGGAGAAGUAUUUCCUUUGGAAAAGAAUUACUGGCUGAAGGUUUGGUUAAGAAAGUGGGUAAUGGAGCUUCCAUUAAUGUCUGGGGAGAGUUAUGGAUUGAGGAUGUCGUAAUGCAUGCCCCUCUGAUGAAGAAUGAUAGGAUUAAUAUUGAUCUAAAGGUGGAAGAGCUUAUCGAUUUUAGCUCAAGAGGUUGGAACCUGAGUAAGUUAGAGGAUCUGUUUUACCCGGCUGAUGUUCAAAGGAUUUUGAAGCAUAAACCAGUGGUUUCUAAGAAUGAUUUCUUAGUUUGGAAACUGAAUAAAAGUGGACAGUUUUCAGUAAAAUCGGCUUACUGGUUAGCGUACCAAAUCAAUAAGGCUGAGCUCCUUCACCGUGCAGCAGACUUACCCUCUAUCAGUACCCUAAAAGAGCAAGUUUGGAAGUUACAAACUGAUCCAAAGAUCCAAACUUUUCUCUGGAAAAUACUGAGUGGAGCAGUUCCUGUUGCAGAUGGGCUACAAACUAGAGGUUUAAAGACUGAUGAUCUUUGUCAGAUUUGUGGAUUGGCGGGAGAGUCUAUCAAUCAUGUCAUUUUCAACUGCUCGAUUGCUCGUCAGGUUUGGGCACUUUCAAACUAUCCACAUCCUUUGAAUGGUUUUGAUAAUGGGUCAGUUUUCUCAAACAUUCAUCAUCUUUUGGUUAACUGUAACAAUGAGUUGUGGCCAGUAGAGUUGAGAUCUUGUUUCCCUUGGAUCGUUUGGACUAUUUGGAAGAACAGGAAUUUGUUUCUGUUUAAAGGCGAAUCCUUUAGCCCUUUGGAGUCUGUUAAAAAAAUUAGAAAUGAUGCAGAAGAAUGGUUUUUGGCUCAAAAACUUGGAUUAGAGGAAGACAGAGAGGUUAUCAAAAACAGAGGGUUUCAUGAGAAUGCAGUCACUAAGUUAUUGAAGCCUUGGUCUGCUCCUCCUUUGUCUUGGGUUAAAUGCAAUAUUGGUUUCUCGUGGUCCAAAAGGAACAAGUUUGCAGGAGCUAGUUGGGUGCUAAGAGAUGAGAAAGGGUUAAUUCUGCUUCAUAGUAGAAGAGCUUUUUCUGGAGUGAUUGAUGUUUUUGAGGCAAAACUCUUAGUCUUUAUGUGGGCGAUAGAGAGUAUGAUUAGCCACAAAAUAGAGAAAGUGGAGUUUGCUUUGGAGGAUGUCUUUUUGGUGGGAGUUGUUAUCAGCGAUUUGAAGCCGCUGAGAUUCAUCUGUUGCUAUCAGCGAUUUUGGACUGGAAAGUGGUGUUAG